AUGGUUUUGUACACGGCCCCCUUUCCCAAUAGCUGUCUGUCCGCCCUGCAUGCCGUGUCCUGGGCGCUCAUCUUCCCAUGCUACUGGCUGGCAGACCGGCUGGUGGCCUCCUUCAUCCCCACCACCUACGAGAAGCGCCAGCGGGCGGACGACCCGUGCUACCUCCAGCUGCUCUGCACUGUGCUCUUCACGCCCGUCUACCUGGCCCUCCUGGUUGCCUCGCUGCCCUUCGCCUUCGUCGGGUUCCUCCUCUGGUCCCCACUGCAGUCCGCCCGCCGACCCUACAUCUACUCCCGGCUAGAGGACAAGGGCCUGGCUGGUGGGGCGGCCCUGCUCAGUGAAUGGAAGGGUACAGGUCCCGGCAAAAGCUUCUGCUUUACCACUGCCAACCUCUGCCUCCUCCCUGACUCGCUGGCCAGGCUCAACAAUGUUUUUAACACCCAAGCGCGGGCCAAAGAGAUCGGGCAGAGAAUCCGCAACGGGGCCAGUCGGCCCCAGAUCAAAAUCUACAUUGAUUCGCCCACCAACACCUCCAUCAGUGCGGCCAGCUUCAGCAGCCUGGUGUCACCGCAGGGCAGUGAUGGUGUGGCCAAGGCCGUCCCCGGAAGCAUUAAGAGGACGGCCUCUGUGGAAUACAAGGGUGACGGCAGCGGGCGUCAUCCCAGUGACGAAGCUGCCAAUGGCCCGGCCUCCGGGGAGCCUGCGGAGGGUAGCCUGGAGGACGCCUGCAUCGUGCGCAUCGGAGGCGAGGAGGGGGGCCGGCCCCCUGAAGCCGACGACAGCGCUGCUGGGGGCCAAGCCAGGAAUGGGGCUGGUGGGGCCCCCCAGGGCCAGACACCCAACCACAGUCAGCGGGACGGGGACUCGGGGAGCCUGGGCAGCCCAUCGGCCUCCAGGGAGUCCCUGGUGAAGGUGCGGGCCGCGGCGGAUGGCGGCGGCAGUGGGGAGCCGGGCGCCACCAACAGCAAGCUCCCCUACAAGGCCUCCGGGGUGAAGAAGGCGGCUGCGCGCAAGAGGCGGCACCCGGACGAGGCCUUUGACCACGAGGUGUCCGCUUUCUUCCCCGCCAACCUGGACUUCCUGUGUCUGCAGGAGGUGUUUGACAAGCGGGCAGCCGCCAAGUUGAAAGACCAGCUGCACGGCUACUUCGAGUACAUUCUGUACGACGUCGGGGUCUAUGGCUGCCAAGGCUGCUGCAGCUUCAAGUGUCUCAACAGCGGCCUCUUCUUUGCCAGCCGCUACCCUAUCAUGGACGUGGCCUAUCACUGUUACCCCAACGGGCGGCGCUCCGAUGGCCUGGCCUCGAAAGGGGCGCUGUUUCUCAAGGUGCAGGUGGGAAGCACACCUCAGGACCAAAGAAUUGUCGGGUACAUUUCCUGCACACACCUGCACGCCCUGCCAGAGGACAGUGCCAUCCGGUGUGAGCAGCUGGACCUGCUUCAGGACUGGCUGGCUGAUUUCCGAAAAUCUACCUCCUCGUCCAGCACAGCCAACCCCGAGGAGCUGGUGGCGUUUGAUGUCAUCUGUGGAGAUUUUAAUUUUGACAACUGCUCCUCAGAUGACAAGCUGGAGCAGCAGCACUCCCUGUUUACACACUACAAGGACCCCUGCCGCCUGGGGCCCGGAGAGGAGAAGUCCUGGGCCAUCGGUACCAUGCUGGACACAGACAACCUCUACGACGAGGAAGUCUGCACCCCUGACAAUCUGCAGAAGGUCUUGGAGAGCGAGGAAGGCCGCAGGGAAUACCUGGCCUUCCCCACCAGCAAGAGCCCUGGGGCAGGCCAGAAGGGACGCAAGGACCUGCUGAAGGGCAAUGGCAGGCGCAUCGACUACAUGCUGUAUGCGGAAGAGGGGCUGUGCCCGGACUGGAAGGCCGAGGUGGAAGAAUUCAGUUUUAUCACCCAGCUGUCCGGCCUGACUGACCACCUUCCAGUGGCCAUGCGGCUGAUGGUGUCUGCAGGGGAGGAGGAGGCAUAGACCAGCCAUGUCAUUCCGAGCAGCCGGGCCUCUGCCAGCCCUUUGAGCCGCAGCACCUCUCUGGCCGUGUCCCCUCCAGCCAGCACCCCUGGUGCUGGGGGAGGAGGGCAGGGACCCG